AUGUCCUUCGGAACCCUCUACACCCACAAUCCAACCCCGCGGUCCACCACCAUCCUCGCCCUGGCAAAGCUCCACGGGCUGGAUCUGGAGAUCAUCUACGCGGAGAGUACCAACAAAGAUGCACACGAGCAGCUCUGCAAAUACAACUCCCUCGGCCAGGUUCCUACCUUUGUCAGGGCCGACGGCUACGUGCUCUCGGAAUGCAUCCCUCUCACUCUCUACUCACUGCUGGGAAAGGACAAAAACGACUCUCUCGAGAUCCUACAGUGGAUGUCCUUUGCCAACUCGGACCUCUUCCUGGCAAUUGGGGGUGUCUUUCUCCCGCGGAUCGGACAGCGCCAGAUAAUCCGUCAGGAUGAUGAAGACUCGCUGCGUGCGAUGCUGCGUCGGUGCGGACAUCUGGAGCGGUAUCUAAAGGACCGUAGGUAUCUUGUCGGACAGACCAUGACUGUUGCGGACUUUUUCACGGCGAGUAUGCUGAUGGGUGCCUAUGCGGCGUUUCGGAGGAAAAUGGGCGAGAUGUUUCCCUUUUUGAGUGCGUGGUAUGAGGAUGUUUGUUCUGUCGACUGGUAUAGAAAUGUUGCUGGGGAGGUUCCGGACUUGGAUUUGGAAAUGCCUUGUCUUGAUGAAAGUGAGGAUGGUUGAUGGGAGCAAAGUGCCAAUUCACAACCACCACUCUAUUUUAUGUGUAACACAACUUGACUGCUGCCUUUGAUAAGGGGACGG